CACUCUUUGACCUUCGCUCUUUCCAUUUGUGCAAAGAAUGGUUUUGUUCGUUCUUUAAUAAUCACAUGAUCCUGACGACUUUAUCAAUUGAAUCCUCAUCAUUGCCUUCAACAUGCCGCUGGAGAUCCAGCCUGCUGUCGAUGAGGAUGCCCCGCGGCUUGCAGCCAUUGAACGUGAUGCCUAUUCUGACAAUGGACUAUCUCCAAUUUUAUUCCCCGGCCCAUUUCCUGAAGACGCUCUGGAAACACGUGCUCAAGGCUUGAUCCAACAACGCAAAGACGAUCCACAGAUGCGCUGGGUCAAGGCUGUCGAUUCAGAAACAAAUGACAUUGUCGCCUGGGCAAAGUGGGAAAUCAUUGAUCAGCCACGAGAAUCGAAACCUAGUUCUCGCACUUUUGGUCAAGGCUGUAAUGUGCAAGCCUGUGAGGAAUACUUUGGUGGUAUACACCAAAAGCGCCAUGAAUUAAUGGAUGGCAAGUAUCAUGUUUUACUCGAUCUACUACAAACAGACCCAAAACAUCAGGGCCGUGGAGCGGGAAGUAUGUUGAUCAAAUGGGGGACCGACAUCGCCGACAAAAUGAGGCUUCCUGCAUAUCUGGAGUCCUCCCCCAAAGCAUACAAGCUCUAUCAAAAACACGGAUUCAACACGAUAGACGUCUUCACCAUGGAUCCGAAAUGGGGUUAUGGUCCUGAUGUGGACCCCAAUAUCCGAUUCAUGAUUCGAGAUAUUCCUGCCGAAGCAUAGACGGCAGCCUGGAGGGAGAUGUAGGAACGAAUCUUUCUUCCACAUGGAAUAGCCCAUAUCCAUCAGAUCCCAUUCGACCUUGAAGCGAUACUAUGGAGCGCAUCGAAACGGAUAGAUCGUCGUGCUGUGUACCUAUGCUAUCUUUUUGAAAAGCGUUAUAUCAAUGUACGACCCCUGAAUACAUUCAAUUGAUGUCUCUGCGCCGAACCUGCGAGAUAC